GAGAGCCGUCAGCACGAACUAAAAUCUUCACGUCCAGAAAUGGCAAUGUCCUCUCAUUUUCCAACUCGUAAGUGAAGUUAAUCUUCGCGUGCAUGUUGUUUAGAUGUGCCAAGCAUACUUUCACCAAAUUCAAUAAACAUGGUAAAUAUCCCGUCACAAGUUCUAAUUAUAGUGUUAGUGACCAUGUCAGUUUAAAAACUUAUAUCGCGAACCGGUACGGGCCGGAUAGUGUUAAAUUAAUAAAACAACUAGAACGCGCGCGGAAAAAGUGUGGUUGUUUGGAGGAGUCCUUGAACUUUUUAGUUAAGUGCAGAGAUGCGGACGUUAUCCCUGUAUGUGUGAGACUGAAACCUCGGCAGGACAUCCACAACUCCGCUAGUAUUCUACGGAACGCGAGUGUAAAGUUGCUACGGAAGGUUAUCCGCAAUACCAGAUACCAAAUGGAUGAGAACAGUCGUGAGUUGUAUUAUUUGCAUCUUAAAUGUAGUGCGUUGUUGACAUCUGGUGACUUCGAUAUUUGUGAUCGUAUUACCUACUUGCAAGCCAAACGCUCUCAAGAAAUGAGUGCAGCGGUCAAACAACAAAAGUAUGAGUCACUGAUUCGAACACAAAAACCGGUAAGUGACAACGAUAAAAACUCACUAGAAACUCGAACGGUUGUUAAUUUGUCCGAUAAGGUAUUGUCACAAGGUGCACUUAGAGUACUAGAGAGAGGGUUGAAUUUCGCUCCUACUCCAAACCACAUCCCUUAUGAAGAAGUGAUAGGAAGUGUGGAGGAAGUAAUAAGACGGAAUCAGAUACCGGCGAGUGAUGCCGAUGUGUUGAGACAGGACACAGCCGUUGCUUUACGUCACGCCAAACUUCCAACGCCAAACAUCACAACUGAAGAAAAGGCCGCACUACGUAAUCUCCGCCAAGAUGAGGACGUGUUAGUACUUAAAGCGGACAAAGGGAAUGCUACAGUGGUUAUGAACGUCACGGAGUAUGAUAAAAAGAUUCGCCACUUAUUAAGUGAUGUAAACACCUACAAGAGAGUGAACUACAACCCGACAGCGCGGACGAAUCGCAGUACACACAAAAUCCUAAAAGAAUGUCAACAUAUACUUACAGAUGACACAUUUAAGUACUUGCUCCGUCCAAGAAAUGUACAACCUCCCAAAAUAUAUGGUCUGCCGAAGGUGCACAAGCCGAAUGUUCCACUGCGACCCAUAGUCAGCCAGAUAGAUUCGCCUACUUACCACCUGGCGAAGCAUGUGGCUAGUAUACUGCAACCAUUGGUUGGACGUUCGACAUCAUAUGUGAAGGACUCGAGGCAUUUUAUUGACAUACUGCAGUCCAUCAAACUUCGACCUAACGAUCUAUUGGUUAGUUUUGAUGUUGAGUCGUUGUUCACAAAUGUUCCGGUGGCAGACUGCAUGGAAGUGGUGAAGUUGAGAUUGCAAGAGAACAACAUCCCUCUCGAGUAUGUUAAGCUGCUUCAUCAUUGCUUGUGUACCAGUUACUUUGUAUACCAGGGUCAGUACUACCUACAGAUUGAUGGUGUGGCAAUGGGCAGUCCAGUGGCUCCGGUGGUGGCCAACAUUUGGAUGGAACAUUUUGAACAGUUGGCUAUCUCCACUGCCACCACAUCUAUAAAGCUGUGGAAGAGGUAUGUCGAUGACGUUUUCUGUAUCAUAGAGGGGAGCGAACAAGAGGUGAAAGUAUGCUUGGCACAUCUAAACAACAUGCACGCGAAGAUUAACUUCACUUACGAGUUGGAAAAUGAGAGGACAUUGCCAUUUCUGGACGUGAAGAUUUUAGUUCGUGCUGACGGCUCUCUAGGACACUCGGUUUACAGGAAAUCGACUCACACUGACCGAUAUUUACAAGCUGAUUCUCACCACCAUCCCAGACAACUAAACUCUGUAGUCACCUCACUCACCAACCGCGCAUAUGAUUUAUGCGACGAGGAACAUCUACAGGAGGAGCUGACACAUGUGAUGAAGGUGCUGCAGAGUAACGGAUAUAGGAUUGCAAAGCACAAGAAGAAACCCACUAAUAGACAUCGGAGGUGCGAGGUUGAGAGGCAACCAGCAUUUAUGCCAUAUGUGAAGGGAGUGACAGAUAAGGUUGCAAACAUUCUCCACAAAUACGCCAUUAAGACUGUCUUCACUCCUUUCCGGAAAGUUUCCCAGAUGCUGCGCUCGCCGAAGGAUAGCUUCCCUCUAGAAAGACCUGGUGUCUAUAAAGUGGACUGUAGUUGUGGCAAAUCAUAUAUCGGUCAGACUAAGCGUACUGUGGCUUGUAGAAUUUCUGAGCAUAUCAGAGCGGUGAAAAACAACGACGCACAAAAAUCCGCUAUAGCUCAACACAUCCUGGAGGCUGGAUCAAACCACUGGAUUGAGUUACAUUACCCACAAGUUAUCUCGACAGAACGCCACUAUAUACCUAGACUGGUAAGAGAAGCGAUUGAGAUAACCAAGUACAAAAACUUCAACCGGGAGGAUGGGUUUCAACUGUCGAGGGCUUGGAAUCCAGUGGUCCAACUGUGUAAAACCCGCAAAAGUGCCAAGAAAGAAAAAAGUUCGCGAGCGGACACAGUGAGUUUUGUGUGUCGAGAGCUAAACCGAGAUACAAGUGACAAUGGUAGUGGUGUUAGUGACGUCAGCAAGAAACGAACGAGAAAGCGGGUAGACCGAUUUGUCUGCUCGUGAACACCCACCCGCAUUUACUCCAGUUAAUCCGUGAUCAUGGCGCUUGCAACAGUGCCGAAAUAUCGGAAACUCACCAAAUUCAAUAAACAUGGUAAAUAUCCCGUCACAAGUUCUAAU